AUGAAUCUCAACACUGUCUUCGUCACCUCCACCUCUCUAGGAUCGUCGUCCCUAGUCUCCUCCCGCCACUGCAACAAAGGCGUUAAGAAGGAGGUCAUGUGCUCCUCCCCCAAGCUCACUUCCACGACCGAAUCCAUGGUCAAGUUCAUCAACUAUGCCAUCUGCCUCACGGAAUUUGUCAUUAGAGACAAAAUCCAAGUGCUGCCUCAGUGUGGACAUGGAUUCCAUGUGGCCUACACAUUGAAGCUUGGCUCAAAUCGCAUUCCUCUUAUCCUUCCUACCGUUAGAUUCUCAUUGUUUCCCGCUACGACAAGUGCGGUGGGAUCCCUGCUCCAGCAACCACCAGCUCCACCUCUACAUCGGAAUUCGAGGCCAGAUGUGUACCUUAACACCCACUAUUCCAAAUCUCACGAUCCAUACCAUAGCCAAACGAAGCUAUAG